UUAUUGUUUUUAUCACUUUUAGUAAUUAGUUUAUUCACAAGCUAUCAAACUACUUUGCUCCGUCGAUGAAUAAACGCUCAAAUGUUCGGAUGGAUUCAGGUGCUCUUUUUCACACUAUAGACUGUGAAUGGAGAAGAAACAUUUUGAACGCAAAAUUCGAGAAGUAAUUGGGAUGUUUCUCGAUUUCUCUCGAUUCUAGACGGUGGGAAGAAAGAGUAAGGGAAUGGGGAGAGUGGUAAGAUACAAAACUGAGAGAGAGAUGGAAGAACAAAUGGAAAAAGAAGGGGGAAUGCAAAAAGAGAGUAAGAGAACACAUUUAAAAGAGGGGGAAAAUGAUGUAAUGUGAAAUAAUUGUCCUUCUCCUUUGCUCAGAGGGUAUUGUUAACCCUCUUCUGUUGAGUUUUGAUUUAUUUUAGGGGAUGACAUUAUAUUUGACGGAUUUUUCCCAUUUCAAUAAAUCCUAAAUCAAUAUUAUCAUUUGGAUGAUUUUUUCUUUAAUAUGAUUAUUUUAAUUUAUGAGAUUUAAGGUGUAUUUGAUAAUGUCAACAUUUUAGUGAUUUUUAACUUUAAAGUAUGAAUUGAAAGAUCAUACCUACCGGUGGUUCGACCAUAAAACUUCACACCAUAGGCUAAAUUGGUAGGUGAUAUAUAUAAAACGGUUGAACCACGGUUAAAUUAUGACUUCGGUAUAAAAUACUCUAAUACCAACUUUUUUAUACGAUUUUACAAUAAUUUGGUUCAAAUAAUUCUUUUACACCGGUGGAAAUAAAAGUUUUAAGGUUCAUUUUGAACAAUCUAUUGCAAAAAAGCAUAAGUGAGUUAGCGAUAACGAGAAUAUGCGAUCUCAUUCAACCCAAAUGACACUUUGCAACUUAUAUAUCUUUUUAAAGUAAGUGUAUGCUACUCUUAUCCUCGCUCAUUCAUCAACUUAAUGAGUAACAUAUAUUUCGUAUAAUAUGAUUUUCAUAGAUUUUUUAUUUAUUGAAUUACUUCAUGAAAAAAAAUUGCUACAGUAAAAUUUAUUACAUUGUUGCUAGACAUGUUUGUGUUAUGAGAGUAAUUUGGGAAGUUCGUACGCAAUACAUUGUUCAACUAACUAUUAGCGAAAACUUAACAUCAUGUUUUAUAUAUUUUUAAUCAAGUAACUUCAGGAAAAGAACUUAAAGGACAUACUAAAUUCUAUGAGAUAUAUUUUCUUUCAUCAUAAAUGUUAAUUAUGUAUGUAUUAUGAUAAGCAACUCUAAUAUUAAACUAUAUGAUAUAAUUAAACAACGAAUGACAAUAGUUUAUUUAUUUCUUUUUCCAUUCAGUAAUUACAUGUAAUGCUUAUACCAUACUUUUUUCUCUUUUCAUAAAGGUCUAAACACAUUAUGCAUAGUUAGAUCACUUUCAAAUAUGUUAUGUGCAUAACUAAGGGUUUUUUUUUUUGACAAAAGAUAAUCAUAUAUUGAUUCCACAAAAAUAGGCAAUUACAUCCUGGAGAUCAGCCAGGCCUGAAAAUCGAAAGAACGACUCGUAGUCGGGUACAAAGCAAGGGCCUUUCGAGCCACCAAAUGGGCUACCCAAUUACUACUCCGACCUACAAAACGAACACUAAACCCCGGAUUACUAGACCACACUCGCACCACCUCUUCCAGUAUCGCCACAUCCGGUUAUCCCUUGUAUCGGCCUGCAAGAUCUUAUCAAUAACCACCUUGGCGUCCCCUUCAAAUCUUACCUCCGUGAAACCAUGCUCAAGACACCAAAGAAUACCCUCGCGAAGGACAAGCAGCUCCACUAUCAUGGGAUCAUCAAUUAUCGGAAAUUGGACACCUUUAGCCCGAAGGACAUCUCGAGAGGGGGUCAUCAAGACCAACCCCCCCGCCGAAUGAGAACCUCUCCUAGUAGCCCCAUCCCACAUGCAAAUUACCCCUGUAUGCCCCGUCAGGCUUGGUUGCUGAGACGGAGGAUGAGUAGACUGAAGAGCUUUAUCCCUCGGGAGGUGAACUCACUCCUCAUAUUGCUGGGCAAACUGGCGCAUCAAUGCCGGGUACCCAAACUGCUUACCUUCAAAGACUACCCAGUUCCGAGACCGCCAGAUUCGCCAGAGGACCGCAACUACUCCCAUAAGCAGAGUCGGCUGUUGAAUUAAAGCCAUCAAUCUUUUGAGGAAAAGGGGGAAACUAUGUCGAGGAAGCCCCUCCCCUAAGUAUUCCAGCCCCGAAUAGCCCCACAUGGCCCGGGCCACUGGACAGCCAAGAAACAGAUGGUGCAUAACUAAGGUACAAACAAUCAUUUCGUAUAUUUUAAAUCAUCUAUUAUAUCCAUUAUUAUAUACCAUAGUUUUUGACAAAAUUCUCCCGACCAACGGGCCGGAUCCAGUGCUAGUAUAUAUUCUAUAAAAAAGGCACCGAGAGGGGAUGAGGAAUAGAGAAACACAAGCUUUUUAAUACAUUAAAAAAAAAAUUGGUGGGCUUACAUCUUGGACUUGUUUAUUAUGAACUUCUUUCUUUCUUUCAUUCUUCUUUUCCAUUACUGAAAGCUGCAGAUGGGGUUCAUCAACAGUUGCUUGGGAGACAAGAGAACCUGAUCCCCUUUGCUUUGGUCAACGGAACUAAUUGUGAAGAGUAAAGAUUGAACUUUGAAUCGACAGCAAAUGGCCACUGUGGAUGGCUCAACUUAACUCAACUCAACUCGAUGUUACCACCUUUGAUCUCCUUUUUCCUUUGUGGGUAGCAAUGUAUAGUUGGGGUUGACGUCCGCCAAACUUUAUUCAAAUUUAGAGUAUAGUAGAUGAGUUUGAUUUCCAUUACUACGAAAUGGACCAAUGUAAUCUCUCUCGGGAGACAAAAAGCUUCUCAUUGAUUCGGAUGUGGAUUCCUCCAAACGAGAGUUUUGACCAAGCUUAGUUGUAGAGCCAUUCAAGCUCGAUCGGUAUAGCGAUGGCGUGAGCACUAAUGUAAUGUUAUAUUAGGCAACAUGAUAUAUACAACAUCAUGCAUGGUGUCUUUCAUUGGAUAGCGAAGAAGACGUUUGACGAACUAACGAGUUAGGAGAACGACUCAACUGGUAAAACAUUUAAUUGCAUUUCACUGAACCAAAAUCAAGGACCAUCGUUUCUAACUAAAAUAACUUUAGGAUAUAAAAUUGACAACCUAUAAUUUAUGGUAUACCAAUAGGUAUGCUAUACCCCAAAUUUAUCGAGGUAACCUAUACCUUCUCAUAUAAAUAUAUAUACAUGCAUAAACUAAUCCAAGCAAGCAAACAGAAAACAAACUUUUCAUGGAGUAUAGGUGGAAUUGUUUUAGAGGAUGACUUUGAUGUCAUUUUCUUUCUUCCCUGGUAAAUUUACCUCUUGCGGGUACAAGAAUUGUCCCUUUAAUGGCGCCAAUUUCCACGAAGUGUUUUUCCGGGAUUUUUUGCAGCAACAAUGGUCUUUCUGCCCGUCCCUUUUUAAAUUUCAACUAAGCUUGGCACAGCUGCCUAAGAAAUUAGGUCACAUAGACGAUCAAGUUACCAUAGAAAACGCAAAUGGAUUGGUUGAGUCUAUUGACUUAACCCAACCGGUAGUUAAACCCAAGAGAGGGCUUAUCCCACAAGCAGACGGAAAGCUACCGGUUGCAAAGGAAUGAAAAAGCUAAAUAGAAGAUGAUAGUAUCCCCAAGACUAGUACCAAAUCCUACUCUUUUAUCAGAAGCAUGUGGCAUGCAUGUGGAAGCAAGGGAAGGUGUAGCGGCUGGAAGAAGAGAUUCUCUAACCUUAGCGCCUAACGCAGAAAAUGUUAUAUUAUAGAUAGUUUGACUAUUUGUCGAUUGUCGUGUUUGACUGUAUGCUAUUCUCUAACUAUUUAUUUUACCCAAUCUAUGGGAAAAAAUCCAAAAUUACCACUAUAAAAAAAUUACAAAAAUACCAGCCAUACUUAACAAUUUCCGAAAAUACCACCCUCCCACACAAAACGCGCCUCGAAGGCGCCGUUCUAAGUCAAAACGCGCCUCGUAGGCGCGGUUCACAUUCAAACCGCGCUUUCAAGAGGCGGUUUGACCCUUCCUAUCUGUCAAACCGCGUCGCCAAGUGGCGGCCCAUGCGACCGCGCGACGAGGAGGCGAUCUGACGGCCAAACCGCGCGCCAGCUCAGCGAUCCGCAUCGCUCAGUCAAACCGUUGCCCCGAGGCGCGGUUUGCGCGUUGGAAAACGUAAACCGUGUGCUGGAGGCGUGGUUUUAAGUGGGUAAAAAGACGAAAUCGCCCAUCCAGCACGCGGUUUCGUCCCUAUAUAAACCCGACCCUCCUCCCAUUUUCUGCACACCAAAACCCACAUUCCCCCCCUCUCUCUAACUCCUCACUCUACCCACCCCAUUCCCCACCCAAAAACUUUAGAAUUAGUUGUUUUGUUGGUUGCUGCUAAGCCCGAUCUGCCUUCAAAAAAACUUUUUCUUUGGUUUUCACUAAAAAACCGUCGAAUCUCUGUCCGGAUUCUGAAAAAAUGGCUGAUUUUAUCCAAGAAAAGGGUAUUUACUAUGAUGAUUAUCAAGCGGUACAUACUCAUUUUACCCAAUUGUUGUUGUUUUAAUAAUGAUUUAUAUAAUUUAUAUACUAAUUGAUUUAUGUUGUUGUUAUGCUAUCGUAGAUUGGGUCGGAUGAUGAUAUAUAGAAUCAACGAUAUUAUGUUGAUCAAGGACCGAUUGAUCUGACUAUUUUAUAAGAUCAAGCCAAUCAUCGUUCAAGAGACGUUUGGAACGACCACAAAGUACAUAUUAUUUAUCAUCACUUGUAAUUUUUAUUUUGUUAAAGUGAUUUAUUUGUUUGUACAAUAAUUUACUUAAUUGUUAAUCGUAUUGAUUAUUUUCAAUAAUUUAAAUCAAUACAAUACAACACUUAUUUAGACUCUUUAUAAAGAAAUGCAUGUCUAAGGA